AUGAUUCCAACAUCUUCCAUCGUUAUGACUUCAACAGGCCAACCAUUAGAACUCAACGACAGCAGCAGCAACAGUAGUAUUACUGACUCCUGGCAAUCUGACAACGAGUUCUUAGACAACUUUGAUCUUCACAAGUACUCUGCAGAUACAAAAACAUCACCAAAUCUCGCUCAGCCUUCUACAUCUGGCGUACUUGACUCAAUUAUGAAAGUACCUUCGGACUUAUCGGCGGAAACCCCUUCAAAACUCUCUGUUCCGACAUGCCCAGUAGCUACUGGAAUUGUCGACAAUGAGGGUGUUUGGGAAUCUGUGCCUCUCACCAAUCUUUUGGAGGCUCCAGUCUUGAGAGUGUUAGAUGAGACUGCCUGCGAGCCAGAGGCUCUUUCGAAGGAUUCAGAAGCAUCAGAAGUGGUUGAUAACGAGGCUAUCGUAUCCAAACCUUGCGAAGUAGAGACAGAGCAGUUGACUACAACUAUAUCUGUGCAACAUCCAUCAGAGCUUAUUGUCAUCGAUUUAACCGACUCGAGUGACGAGGAGUCAGCCCCACCAGUGACUCUUCGGAAGGUGCAAAAGGAUCAAAAACUGUCAUCCUCCACUGAUUCGACUACAUCAUCAAGUAAGAAGCGUGAGCGUUCUAAUUCAACUUCCCCAUCUCAAAGCCAAGAGAAUACAUCACCGGCUGGUCGACGUACAAGACCAAAAACGUCAUCUCGCAAACACCUCAGCGAUGAGAAUGUAUUCUUGACUUCUUCAGUACAAGACAUUGAAGAGAUGCUUCAAGAGAAUAAGCGAGAAAUGGCGUUAGUCGAAAGGAAGAGAGCACGAUUGGUUGCGUUGAAGAAUAAAUUUCUAGCUUGGGGUGUCCAUGACCAGAAGGUGACGAGAGAAUGGGAAGGAACCGUGUAG